AUGGACGACUGGAGCUCGAAACAGCUCCCUGAGCGCCUUCCCUUCUCGAAGAAGCGGCUGUCCAAAAAAGUCAUCUUCUCCUACAUCGUCGACUAUCUCAUCAUCGUUGUCCUGAUCGGAGUCUUCGCAAUCGUCGACAAGAUCCCUCCUUUCCACCAACACUUCUCGCUCGACAACUACACCCUCCACUACCCCUUCGCCGUCAAAGAGCGCGUACCGGUCAUCUGGCUGUGCGUCUAUGUCAUGGGAGCACCGGCCGUCGUCAUCGGCAUCUACACACUCGUCAUCGAUGGCCUGUUCUCACACCAGACGACGAUGCCUUCGGGACGGAGUGGCAUCAAGCGUCUGUCGGGCAGAUAUAGGUUCAAAGACCGGUUGUGGGAGCUGAACUGCGGUAUCCUCGGCUUGGCUCUGAGCGUCGCUGCUGCCUUCACAAUCACCGGGGCUUUGAAGAAUGCAAUUGGGAAGCCGCGGCCGGAUCUCAUGAGCCGAUGUGAGGCAGACCCGGUCAAAAUUGCGGCGGUAAGGGCCGUCAACUACACGCUCGCAACGAUCGACAUUUGCACGCAAAAAGAUGAUUACAUUCUACAAGAUGGGUUCAAAAGCUUCCCAUCCGGGCACAGCAGUGUGUCAUUUGCUGGCCUGUUCUAUCUCUCAAUCUACCUGGCUGGAAAGCUGCACGUCAUGGACGCAAAGGGCGAGGUCUGGAGGACUUUCCUGGUCAUGGUUCCCGCACUGGGCGCUGCUCUGAUUACAGGCACUCGAAUCAUGGACGCUCGCCAUCACCCGUUCGAUGUGCUCUCUGGUGCUACGCUAGGCAUAGCGGUCGCAUGGGUGUCUUACCGUCAGUACUUUCCUCCCGUGACGGAGACGUGGCGCAAAGGACGAGCGUAUCCGGUGCGUGCCUGGGGUAAAGCAUCGCGCGUCCCAACUGCACCCGCGAUCAUGAUUGACGAAGACGUUCAUCCCCUGCGACCCAUGGGAAAGCCCAUCGACGAGGAGCGUGGCGAAGCCUCUGGGUUUUCAUCUACUACCGCACUUCCUGCUGGUGGCGAUGGCAAUGUUUUUCGCCAACAGAUUUCGAAUUCGCAACGAAGACGUCAAGAGCAAGGUGAGCAGUAUGGAAUCGAUCGUACCGACACGAUUGCCUCGAGCAAUUACCGGACCGAGACCAUGGGCUCCACUAUAUCCGCAAAGGUCAACAAAUAUCAAGGGCAGAUGCCGGCUUCGAAUCCUUUUGCCGCAGAAGCGGCUCGGCAACGUCGGCAGGACACCUACGACUACUCUUCGUCAGAAGAUGAUGACAACUACGAGUUGCAACAGACACAUACACUGUCUGCUCCUCAGAAUAGCACUGCGUAUAACCCAAUCUCGGGAAGGUUUACAGACACGGGAUACCAUCCACCUCCCGGCUUGUCUCCUCAUCCGACACCGCCUCCGAUGAAUACAGUCUCCCCCCACCCAACCAUGUCACCUACGGGGGAUCUCAGUGAGCGACGGGAUGGCGCACCUGCGCCUCCUCCGCACUCGAUUGGAAUGGCUAUUGGUACAGCGCCUCAGCAAAUAUAG